UUAAACAUAAAUUUACAGACAUUUUGUUGCCAAGUAACCGCUUACUUUAAUAUAAAAAUGGGAAGUGUUCAAUUUAGGUGAAUAGAUACUUAUAUAUAAAAUUAUCUGAUAACGUUAUAACUGAUAAUCAUUAUGACCUGAACGUAUAGGAUUUAGUAUUUUCAAUACCUCACUGUACAUAAAUGAUACUCUUUAAGACUAGUGCUUAAGAUAAACCAGAAAAAUGGACGAACGUAUUAUCACAACAAAUAAAGUUAAUUUUCCCAAUAUUCUUGGAUUAGGAAAAUGGUUAUUCGAUCAACUACAAAAGGCUGCAAGUAAAAAUAAGAUAGCUCAAAUCCUUGCGGAAACUGGAGAAACCGAUUCUUACGCCUCAUUACUCGAAAGAUGCAUAAGAACGGCCAUAACUUUAAAGAAGAAAGGCAUUGAGCAGGGCGAUAUAAUAUGUUCGUGUACAAACAACCAUUUAAACAGUUGCGUCCCAUUAAUUGCAACACAAUUUAUUGGAGGAGUGUAUGCAUCUCUGGAUCCGAGUUUGUCAGAAUUCGACAUGAGACUUUUACUGACCCAAGUGAGACCCAAGAUUAUAUUCUCUAAUUUGGAAAGUGCACCUAUUUUAGAAGAGAUUUUGCGGUCCGAGGGUACCGAUUGUGAAAUAGUCGUGUUCGGAGAAAGUGAUGAGUACACAGAAUUUGCUCAGUUUCUUGGCCAACAGCCCGAAGAAAGUGAUUUUAAUCCGGUUGAAAUUGAUAUAACGACCACAGCCUUCAUGUUUUUCAGCAGUGGCACCACCGGAUAUCCGAAAGCAAUUUGUUCGAAACAUUCAAAUUUUAUGACUCUCUUGGACUUGAACAGUAUUCUGAAGCAGACUCUUGAUUAUGAACGUGUUGCAUUCGAAGCGAAGCUAAGGGGGAAUAUGCCGGAAGUAAAUAUGUGGUACACCACUUAUUAUUGGUUGUCAGCAGUGUCGGUUUUGUUUCAUGCUAUUUUAUUUGAAGGAAUUUCGAUAAUAUGUGAUAAAUUUAACACUACACAGUUAUGGACUUUCAUAGACAAAUACAAUGUUCAUACGCUCAUGCUAUCUUCCACUAAAGCAAUACAAAUGUGCAAAUCUGAGAAACCACAAAAUGUAGAUGUAAGUCGUUUAAUGAGGCUUGUGAUUGGUGGCAAUAAAACUCAUGAAGAAUUCGUCUUGGGUCUGCGAAAUAUGUUACCUAACACUACUGUAUUUCAAAUGUAUGGUCUAACUGAAGCUGGUGUGUGCACAAUAUUUUUGCCGCCAAUUAAGUCCCACAUGAUAAGUAUUAGAAAUAAACCAAAUUCCGUGGGAUAUCCUGUUAAUGGUUUUACAUUUAAAAUUGUAGAUAUAGAAACGGAAGAGAUACUUGGUGCUAAUGAAGUGGGUGAAAUUAGAAUAAAAUCCGACACUGUAAUGAAUGGUUAUUACAAAUUGGAUUCGUCGUUUUGUUUUGAUAAAGACGGUUUCCUGAAAACUGGCGACAGCGGUUAUUACGAUGAGGAACGGUGUUUCUAUAUAGAAGAUAGACUGAAAGAGGUUCUUAAAUAUAGAGACUGGCACGUUCAGCCACUUAUUAUUGAGCAAGAAAUCCUUACGCAUCCGGAUGUGCGAGAGGCAAUUGUUAUAGGUGUACCUCAUCCCGAAGAUGGUGAACAUCCUUUAGCAAUUGUAGUUAUAGACGAAAAUUCUUCACUUACCCCAGAGGAACUAAUAAAUUAUGUUGACCAAAAAGUGGACGACAGAAAAAGGUUAAGGGGUGGAGUCAAAUUUGUAAAUGAAUUACCUAAAACACCAUCAGAUAAAAUCAAGAGAAUGGAAGUGAAGAAAUGGGUAAACGAGGGAAAAAUAUAAUCUUGGUGAACACUUAAUAAAAAAAUAUAAAUAAUUCUGUUGUUAAGUAUUUUAUUGAAUGUUACUGUGAAUUUUUAUACAAAAGGAAAUUAUUUACCAUUACUUGAUUAGAAAUAAAUAAAAUAUAUAAUUCUUAA